AUGCGUGAAGGUCCUGGGAUCACGGAGAACAAACGAUACGCUGAGCACUCUGACCUCGACGCAGCUUUCGAACCAUGCCGCUCCUAUGAUGACCUUGAAGCUCAAGGCAGCCAAUACUGGUUCGUACAAGACGGAGGUGAGUAUGGUGGCAUCCUUAUGUUCUCUGUCGCAUCGAGUUCUCACAAGCACCUAGAUUCAGUAUACUUCGAAUCAUUUUUUCCGCAGCUAGACGCGAGCGAUUUGCGCGACCAAAACAUCAAGUCUCUAUCGAUAUUUGAGGACAUCAACCCGACAUCCCAAAGACCGUGGUCACAGCCUUUACGCCGCCACCCGAGGAGAGUCGUCGGCGAAUCGCUGGGACUGAUAAGUCUCUUCCUCGAGAAGCUGUCCGCGUCGUACAUCAUCGAGGCGAACGACUUUUUCCGCAAGACGCAGUCCGACUGGGUCUGGGAGAACCUCACGUCCUUGACCCUGACAUCCGAGCUGCUGGCCGAGGACGCCUGCCAUCUCAGGGCCACGAACAUGCUCGCCAACGCCGCCGGCGCCGCGCUCCAGAUGCCCAGGCUGCAGAGGAUGGAGAUCUGGUACGGCGGUUUCCGCACGGCGGCCUUGUUCCGCUACGCCGUCUCGGAGUCAGGCACAUCGAUCCGGUGGCACGGGACGUGGGAGCUGCAGCUUCAGCGGCGGCUUGUCGACGCUUGGAGGGCGGUGGCGGAGUUGCAUACAGUGAACGAGCUUGUUGUACGUGAGAGUCGUAUGCUGGACGAGGGCGGCAUCUCCUCGCGUGCGACGGCUAUUCAGGUGCUUGACCUGAGUGAGAACGUGGUCCAUCCGGCGUCUUUUGGGGAGAUCGGCAAAGGGACCGGGAAAAACACGAAACCGGAUUCUCGCUCGACGAAACAUGAAGAUAUUAUGAGUUGGAUCCAGGCUUCGGGGAUAGAGAGCUUGCAAAUAUAG